UUCCGGGUGCAGAUUGGCGUCUCAACAUGAUGAUGUUGCCGAAGGAUGGGAUUGCCACACUACGGUGUCCUUGUAGCAGAGGUGUAAUGAGAAUCUCUCAGAUGGUUUUCGUUCUGUGUGGAUUACUUGCUCGUGUUGGGUGCCAGCCGUACGAAAUCACUGAAAUACGACUGAUGGACGGACCUCCUGACGCGCCCAACUCCGGCCGAGUGGAGGUCCUCCACGAAAGCACGGGAGACUGGCUAAACGUGUGUGACGUGAACUACUGGGGAGACAACGACGGUACGGUAGCGUGCCGUCAGCUAGGCUUCCCGGGAUUCUCACGGGCUAGACGGACCUCGUAUUACGGCGAAGGAACCAACAACGGCUCGGUGGGCGGAAUCGGGUGCAGUGGAGAUGAGGACAGCCUUGGACAAUGCACUCAUCAACCCGUGAAGGAAACCGAGGGCUGCAACGGCCGAGUUGCCGGGUUGAUAUGUACAGUGCCCGGUUUUCUUGGAUGUUUCACCGACGACAGGAACAACCGCGUGUUCUCCGAAAUGCGCCUCACAGCAGCCAACAUGACCAUCAGCCUGUGUCUUGACCGGUGUCGCCGUCAGGGGGCGCGCUAUGCAGGGCUGGAGAACCGGCGGGAUUGCUAUUGCGGGGCCGAGGGCACGCAGAUUGAUAUCUACGGCCGGCUGCGUGACCGGGACUGCAAGAGCGAUUGCCUGGGGAACCCCGACGAAAUUUGUGGCGGUGGAGGGAAACUGUCCAUCUACGACCUGACGCUGGGCUACUGCAUGGACCCAGGGACCCCGGCUAACGGCGGUCGUCGGCCGGCAGAUGGAGACGCGUUUCACUACGGCGUAAAUGUCACCUUCUUCUGCGAUGACGGUUUUGAGCUCGUGGGGUCGGACUCGGCGAGAUGUGUGCUGGGUGAUUCGCCGCAGGAGGUUCGCUGGGAUGAACCCAUGCCACAGUGCAGAUCUUUGUCGGUAUCAACGACUCCAGACCCGGGGCUAGUAGACGACAUGCUAAGCAGUGGCCAGGGCGCAGGAACAACUGCUGGGAUAGUAGUGGCGUGCGUCGUGGUGUUCGUUCUUGUUGCAAUCCUCGUAAUUCUUUUCAUACGAAAAAGGAGGCGGACGCUUGACAGGAACGCAAACAGGACCCCGGGGGAUAAGCACGGUAACGCCUACUCCGAGCCGGACCCCGCGUCAAGGUACCAAACCUCCCCGGGCACGACAAGCGCCAACAGCGAGUACCAAGACCUGACCCUACCGUCCAACGACGCGGAGGGACCUUAUACCUCGCUGCGGAAGCCCGCUCAACAUCGUACUUCCGAGAAGGAGAUCCCGGAGUACCUGGAGUUGUACGCCGAAGGUAUCAACCCCCUCAAGGAGCAGCAAGGAGGCAAGCCACCGAAACUCGCUCUGGCCAGCGGGGCUGGCGCGGGCAAGAUGCCCGCCGCGGCACGGCAGAAGGCCUCACGGACCGGCAAGGCUCGCCUGCCGAGUCCGGAGGUGCAUGAGAACGAGUAUUCCUACGUGGACGCAUCAAGGUUUAGCAGCAACUCCCAGGGACUAGGGGCAGGCAAGCCCCAAGAUGCUAGGCCACAACAAUCCCAAGAGUACGCUGAAGCAGAUUCCGUGUAUUACAGUGUACCACCUGAUGCGCGAUAAUGGAUCAAUAAAAAAGGUCUGAAGAAUGGAAGCACAUAGGGCGCAAUAUUUAUCUGCACCCUCGUAGUGUCUUACUUGUUAAAACGCAGCAAAACAGGAAUAGUAUUAGCCUAUUUGAGGUAUGGUGGACACAAUAAUGAGGGCGCUGUUUGAUUUGGGUAAACUCUUUUGUACUUACCCAAACCAAACAGCGCCCUCUUAUCAAUGUGGCGGCCAUACCUCAAGUAGGCUAAUGGUACUGGUGUAAACUCAGGAUUAAGUCUAAAACCCCGACUCUUUGACAGGAAAAAAACUGGAACAGUGAUAAGGGAUACAUAACUACAUGAGUCCUUAUCACAUUGUGUUCCCAUUCCCAGUUUCUGAUCUGACUGAUAAUAAUGUCACCGAACUUUCUGUUCGGUUAACCGACAUGUUUGGUCCAAGUUCCUGAGUAACAAGAAAUGUACAGGAAACCUAAACCACCAUUUUUUUGGUCGAAUCAGCCUUUGCAGUUUAGUGGUAAAUUUUCCAUUACGCAGUACUCGUUUUUCUUUGAAACAAACUUUUUUUUCCGAGCAAGCAUCGACCUGAACUUUUGGGGGAAAAAAACCUACUCUUUCAAACUUUUAUUUCAAAAUAUAAUAGUAAAAGGUUCUUUGCAAGUAUAAAAUGUAUAGUGUUAUUAAAUGGUUUGAUAUUGUUACUCCCUUUCAAAAGUUUAGUCGUUUUUAAUAUGUUUCUAUUUUAAUACAUUUCUACUGUUUUUAAGGAGGUUUUGGGCAGAUACGCUGUAUAUCAUAUACUAGGAUGUGGUCUUCGUUGUUACGUCUGGUCCAAAAAGAUUGCAUUGUGUACAUUUUGUUAUUGGUAAUGUUCAAAUUCGAAGUAUUUACAUAAUGAUAGCUUUAAUAAACAUCACAGUAUAUUGCUUGUUCUUAAUUUAAAUUCAGCACAAAGUAUUUUGUACACAUAGAAAACUGUUUUCGGUCAAACAUGAAAUUUACUGCAAUGGAAUUCAGCCUGCAAUAUUUAGAAUACUGUAUCGUCAUUAACCAUGUAUCUGCGCUGUUUUACCCGAUGUAUCGUCUUUUUUCAUGGUAAAAAAACUACAUGAAAGACAAAUUUAAAAAAAAAUGUAUAUUUUGUUUUACUCGCUUCAAUUUGAGGGCGCUCUCUUAUAAUCAGCCAUUGUAACCCGAAAAUGACGACUAUGAAUUGUAUAAUUAGAACCCGAAAGUUGUAUUUACAAAAUAAACAGAACAAACGAUGUAUUAAUGGGA